GUAUCAGAAACGGUGCGCAAGCGCCAAUGCGUCGGCUUGAACCUAUUCAACAAGAAGCCAGAGCGCGGUGUGGCGUAUCUCAUCGCUCGCGGGUUUCGAAACUCGCCGCGUGGUGUAGCCAGAUUCCUGAUCACUCGGAAGGGACUCAGCAAGCAAAUGAUCGGAGAGUACCUCGGUAAUCUCCAGAACCCGUUCAACAUGGCCGUUUUGGAAUGCUUCGUAAACGAACUCGAUCUGUCCGGCAUGGCUGUGGAUGGCCUCCGUCGAUACCAGGCCCACUUCCGACUCCCAGGCGAGGCGCAGAAGAUCGAGCGACUGGUGGAAGCGUUUGCGAGGCGGUACUGCGUCUGCAACACCGACUUCGUUCAGAGGCUACGGACUCAGGAUACUAUCUUCGUGCUAGCGUUCGCGAUAAUAAUGCUGAACACGGACCUGCACACGCCCAACCUGAAGCCCGAGGCGCGCAUGUCGCUCGACGACUUCGUGCGCAACCUGCGCGGCAUCGACGACUGCGGCGACAUCGACCGCGACAUGCUCGCCGGCAUCUACGACCGGGUCAAGGCCAGCGAGUUCAGACCCGGCAGUGACCAUGUUACGCAGGUGAGAGAGGUUCAAGCCACGAUCGUGGGCAAGAAGCCGCACCUGGCGCUCCCUCACCGGCGGCUCGUCUGCUACUGCCGUCUGUACGAGAUCCCCGAUAUACACAAGAAGGAACGGCCUGGCGUACAUCAGAGAGAGGUGUUCCUAUUCAACGAUCUGCUGGUGAUAACGAAGAUCUUCAGCAAGAAGAAAUCGUCGGUGACGUACACGUUCCGUCAAUCGUUCCCGCUGUGCGGCAUGCUGGUCAACCUGUUUUCCGUGCCGCAUUACCCAUUCGGUAUUCGGCUAUCGCGGCGCGUGGACGGCCGCCGCCUCGCCACCUUCAACGCGCGCAACGAACACGACCGCUGCAAGUUCGCCGAGGACCUGCGCGAGAGCAUCGCCGAGAUGGACGAGAUGGAGGCGAUGAGGAUCGAGGCUGAGCUGAAUAGGGGCAAGGGGAGGAACGCACCGGCCUCCUCCAGGAAUGUAAUGGAGAACCGCGACAGUGGCGUGGCCGAUGUUGAGAUCGAUCAUCAACAGUGUAUGGACCACGUUCACAUGCACGGAGUGGUGGUGCCGCCGCCGCCGUGCCCGGCGCCGGGCCCGUCGCGGCUGUCGUCCAACCCGCCGCCCACCAGCAUCAUCAAGCGCAACGUGCUCAGCAACUCGCUCGUCGACAUCAACGACCCUGUGGCGCUGGCGGCGGAGCGGCUGACGCGGCGCGGGUCGGUGGGGUCGCUGGACAGCGGCAUGUCCGUCUCGUUCCAGCACGGCAGCCGCAACGCACUGCACGCCACCUCGCCGCGACACCCCACCGAGCAACGCUCGCCAGGACGUUUAUUCGGCGGCAUAUUCCCGGGACGCACACGCAAGCUCAGCGCGUCCGGCAUACCGGACCCCAAACACGGACAGGUGGGAAAGAGCACCGAAGUCUAAACUACGACUACAUUACAACUACGGUGACGAGAUAUUACGGGAUCAUACAGUUUCGCACCCCGUAAAGUUCGAUAAUAUCGAAAUUGAACCGUACAUUGGUUCACAUAAAGGACAUUUUACAAUUGCGUUUUGAGGAAAAUAUUAGUUAUUUUCAACUUUAUUUAUUAAGAGAAAUAGUUUUGAAAAGGUCCAUAGGUACACUCAAAUCUUAAGUUACACGAUUGAUUUAUAAAUGGGCGGGUACCUCAUUUUCUUAGUGCCAUCUUAAUUUUUUUUUUGUUUUAUUAAACACAGAAAACAAUUGUUUUUAUUCCUUAAAACAUUUCUUAGCAAUAUUUUUAAUUAGAUAUUUUGUAACACGAUGCAAUAACGAUAUCUCCAUAGACGUUUUAGAUUUAAGUCUUGUUUGCAUUUCGUCACGAAAAUCGUAAUUGGAUUCAUAAAAGUUUUUAAAGUUCGGUAGGACAUAUUGUUGGGUAAAACCCGCUAUCGUCUCAUAGUGGGUUAUUUAUCUAUCGAAUGGUGUGUCUUGGAUGUUGCAGGAAAGCAUAUUUAUUAUAAAAUCUGGUUUAUUGUAAUCAGGGUAUAGGGUACAUUCGGGUGUUUGGUACGGUUAAGGCGGUCGCUUCCAGUUUAAGUGCCAAUUUAGGUACACAAAUUCGAUUAAAUUAACUCGGUAUAAGCUACGACUUUAGAAACACAAACACCAUAAAACGACAUACACUAAUUUUAUUAUGUAGUUGAUACGAUAAACACUUAAUAAAACUUUAUUACUCACUCAAUUUUUAAUCGUAGAGACAUCGAUAGAUUGGCAAUGCUUGAUAGGAAAUCUCUAUUUUUAUCGAUAAAACAUUUAAUCAUAGACAUCGAAUUGUGCCGUUGUUUUAUGGUGUUAUUGUGAAAUUAUUGACUAAAAUACGUACUGGAUACAGCUCGGUAAAAAUGUCGAUAUAUUUUGACUACGCUAGGAGUCUUACGACUUAACGAAGGUACGUGAAUGUAACGAAAUUUGGGUCCACGUUAUUGGGUGUAGCGAUUUUGUUAGGUAUCGAUUAAAUAUGAGUUGUCACUGAUUCUGACUCUAAAAUCUGUAUUUUCAAAACGCCUGCAAUGAUUUCUUGUGACAUUACUUUAGUAAGAGAUUCCGGGAAUAUGAUUUUGCAAUGAAGUCAUAUAGGAUUUUGAUCAAUUAAGGCGGUAAUCUUUGUUAUGAACUUGAAAAACAAUAGUUUUAAUAUUUAUCGAUCAUAAGCACCCUCAAUAUUUUUUGUAUCACGAGUAAACUCCGACUAUUCCUCAAUUCGUCUGUAGUAUUAUGAUCAUCAUACUAUUUUCCAGACUUGACUGUAAUUCGAAUAUUCUAAUCGACAGAAUCGGUGCUCACUCAUACAUUUUAUAGCUAAAGUUAUUGUGUGGUUACAGCAUGGGAUA